CUCAGGCAGACGAUGGCAGAUGCGGCCGGGCUGAGGUGAAAGAUGGCUCUGUCGCGGGGGCUGCGGUGCUGUCAGCGGGCGUUCGCCUGGCUUCCCGUCCUCAUCAUCACUCUCGUCGUUCUCUGGUCCUACUACGCCUACGUCUGUGAGCUGUGUCUGGUGACUCUGAGCAACCCAGUGGAAAAAGUGGCCUAUCUUGUAAUAUUCCAUAUUCUGUUUGUACUCUUUGUGUGGACAUAUUGGAAGUCCAUUUUCACUCUCCCAGUGCAGCCAGGCAAAAAGUACCACAUCUCCUAUGCUGACCAGGAGCGCUAUGAAAAUGAAGAAAGGCCAGAGGUGCAGAGGCAAAUUCUCGCUGAGAUUGCAAGGAAGCUGCCGGUGUACACCAGAACCGGGAGUGGAGGGAUUCGAUUCUGUGAUAGAUGCCAGCUAAUAAAACCUGAUCGUUGCCACCACUGCUCCGUUUGUGCCAUAUGUGUGCUAAAAAUGGAUCACCACUGUCCAUGGGUGAACAACUGCAUUGGAUUUUCUAACUACAAAUUCUUUCUGCUGUUCUUAGCCUAUUCUUUAUUGUAUUGCUUGUAUAUUGCUGCAACAGUCUUCAAGUAUUUCAUUAAGUACUGGACAGGUGAACUGACAAAUGGACGGUCCAAGUUUCAUGUCCUUUUCCUUCUCUUUGUGGCGGUCAUGUUCUUUGUAAGCCUGAUGUUUCUGUUUGGCUACCAUUGCUGGCUCGUCAGCAGAAACAGAUCUACUUUAGAGGCUUUCUCAGCUCCAGUGUUUCAGAAUGGCCCAGAUAAAAAUGGAUUCAAUCUUGGCUUUGUAAAGAAUCUUCAGCAAGUGUUUGGAGAAGAAAAAAAGCUCUGGUUACUACCUAUUGCCUCCAGCCAGGGUGAUGGACACUUCUUCCCAAUGAGAUCUUUGUGUGAAGCUCAGAAUCCUCUCCUAGCUAGUGAAGAGCAGUGGGAAGAUGAUGGAAUAGAUGAAGAGCCUCAUGAUGCUGGUGAAGCUUCAUCCCUUGCCAUAGAAAAGGAGACAUAGCAGCUUGAAAUGCAGCGGUGUAAAGCCUAUUUGGAAAGGUAUUUCUUUCUGCAUUACCUUCAGAGCAGCCACUCUGCAGAGAAGUGGGUAGGCAAGGCUGGGCAGGGUUUGACUUUAGUGGUGCACACUGCACAGUGCUCAUGCAGAGCAUGCUGAAGGCUGUGGUGUGCAGACCUGUAAUGCUGGCUCUGGAGCAGGGCAGCUGGGAGAGCAGUCUGAGCCCACCAAAGGGCAGGGUACUCACCAGAAUACUGGGGUGGUGCAUCUCUGCAUGGUAUCAUUUCACCAAGAUUUCUACAUCUUGUCCAGAAAUAUUUUGUUUAAGGUAAUCCAAAAUUCAGCAGUGGCUAUGCAGUAGCCCUGGGCUGGAUGUUGAUGCAGUUAACACAGGAGCCAAAGGUACUGUUUGUAGGGAGGGUACAAACCCUGCAGCUCCUCUGGUAAAUGUGGCAGGAACAGCU